UGAAUAGAGAACAGUGCAGUUUUUCUUUUUCAUCAAGAACACUGUAGAAUGUUGCGUUGCGUUGCGUUGAGUCAGAGUUGAAUCGAAGUAUAAAGGUGGCGCGCAUUACAUAAAGAUUCUGUACAACACACUUCUUCACUGCACAAUAAACACUACCUUUUGGGUUUCUUCCAGAGAUCCACCCACCCAUGGCCACGCCGGACGCCGUCGCAGCCUUCCAACGCAUUACCGGAGCACCGGAGUUCGUCGCCGUUCAGAAAUUAGAGGAAUAUGGGGGCAAUCUAAAUGAAGCUAUUAAUGCCCAUUUUCUUGAAGGGGAUAGGCACAUAUUAUCAGGUCAAGGGCAAAAUCUUGCUGCUGCCCCACGAUAUAAUAACACUGGCGCAAGUAAUCAAGACCGUGGCAGUGGAUCAAAUGGAAUCUUGCCUUUCCUUAAUGCUGCUAGAAGAUUUCGACCUUCACUCUUACUUGACCCAAAUUAUAGGAGAGAGCUUAGAGAUCUAUAUAAGGGGACUGGUGGUACUGCAUAUACAAACCGCCCACCUCCUCUUACUUCCCAUCCGGCAGAGGUGAGGGAAGUUCCUGCAUGGAUCAAUAAUCCGUUUGAGCCGCAUUAUCAACCAGGAUUGAGUACUACAGGUGAAGAUUUAUCUUCUCAUGGUUUAGGAAUUCGUGGGACAGAUGGUUAUCAGAACCAAUACCCUUUAGCUCAGUCAAAUGCCUCACAUGGUCCUGAUACCGAAACAGAGGAAGCAAUGCUUCAGGCAGCUAUAGAGGCCUCGAAAAUGGAGACUAGAGGAGGUUCUUCGUGGGAGCGAAUUGAUGUUGUCAAUAAUUCAUCUGGUGGUGGGCUUCCUCAAACUCUUGUUCAACAAGAAGAUGAUGAUUUGGCCCGUGCAAUUGCGUCAUCCUUAGAGACAGCAGAGAAAGAGAAAAGCAGUCGUGAAAAGGAAGGGCAGCUUGGAUUUCACUUUUUAUUAGACAAGGGAAAGAAAAGUAACAGUAGCAGAAACCAAUUAGAGUUAGGAACAUCAUCUGAUCAAAAUGUAGUUCAAGAUGUUGCACAACCAGUCAGCAGUCAUUUGUCUAAUAACAGUGUGGGUGGUCAUAGUCAACAAAAUGAAGAUAUAUUUCUUUCUAACAAGUGGGGUGGUAUUUCUGCUGAAGAGAUCAAUGAAGCAUUGUUGGUUGAAACUGCACUUUUUGGGGAAAGUUCCACUCACAGUGUUCCAUCUUUUCCUAAUCUGCAACAUUGUCCAAAAGAAAAUAUGGAUCCCGAAACGGAGUGCAUGUCCACUUCUAUGUCACAAUUUUUAAUUGACUCUCGGUUGCUGAAACAACAACAGGAUGCUGACUAUCUAGCAUCACUACGAGCUGAUAAACAAAAGGAAUUGAACUCUUUCAAUAAAACUGAAAGCCAGUCCUCACAGGAAGAAGAAUCAUGCAAAAAGAUGCUUGAGGAAAAGGAAUUGAUGAUAAUACUUGACAAGAAAGAACUUAGGCUCUCCAAGGAACCACUGUUGUCUGAUGAAGUAGUUACUAUUGUUGUUCGAAUGCCAGAUGGUGGUCGCUGUGAACGUCGCUUUCUCAAAACUGACAAACUAGAGCUUCUUUUUGAUUUCAUAGACGUAUCUGGAGCACAGAAGCCUGGAACCUAUAGAUUUGUGAAGUCAUACCCGCGUCGUGCUUACAGUAUUAACGAUUGCUCGUCAACCUUCAAUGAAAUAGGCCUUAACAAAAGUAAUGAAGCUUUGUUUCUGGAGUUGAUUUAGUUUCACCUAUUUUCCUUUCACCAUAUUAAUCUUUAGUUUUCUACCUUAUAGAUUUGGACCUAAAACUGUAAUCUUCUUGGCUUGGUUGGUUUGUUUUUUCUUCGUAAAUUUGUUCAGUUAAAACUCAGGGACUGAUUACUUGUCAACAACUUCCAUCUUAGAAUAUAUUUCAAUUAAUUGUCACAAUUCUUUAUACUUCUAAUUACUUUCAGAAUAUUCAUGAUAUAUAUGGCAAU